AUUCGAUCAAGGACCUUAAACAAGAAGAUUAUUUAUUUAUUUAUUUGAAAAUUAUUAUUAUUAUUAUUAUUAUUAUUGAGUUUAUAAUAUUUGUCGACCAAUAAUUAUCAUCGCCAAAUCGUCAUCGUUAGAGUCGUCUUUGAAGAAGAAGGGGUGAAAAGAGGAAGAAGGCGAAGAAGAAAGAAGAAAAUUGAAUAUAGUCUUAAAUCGAAUUGAAGUGGUGGGGAUUGAGUUUCGAUUUGUUUAAUGCAAAAACAUUUAUUCGUCUUCUCAGAUUCAGCUCGGAUUUGAAUCUGCUGAAACUCUAGGUCUUCUCUGCUAUUAACUAAGAUUUGGGCUUAAACUAUUUCUGCAUUCACGGAAGCAGAUUGGGUAAGCCAAUUACCUUGAUGAAGUCAGUGAACUUGUACACUGCUGCACCUUAAAGAAAAGGAUAUGCUACCUAAUUGGGAGAAGUUCCGGAAUAGAUUGACAGUCCAAUCUUCAGUUGAUUAUUUGCUUUUGUUAAUUGGACCAUAUAGGAGUAAAGAGGGAGGGUGGUAAUGGUAUGCUGUGAAAAAAAGUCAUGAUGCAUCCUUUGGAGAAACGAUUUCCAGUCAAUGCAAAUGAUUACAAGUUAUACGAAGAAGUUGGAGAAGGUGUCAGUGCCACAGUAUACAGGGCAUUAUGCUUUCCAAUUAAUGAGAUUGUUGCUAUCAAGGUUCUUGACUUGGAAAAGUGCAAUAACGACCUCGAUGGCAUUCGAAGAGAGGUCCAGACCAUGAGCUUGAUUGAUCACCCAAAUUUAUUACGGGCACAUUGUUCAUUUGCUACUGGUCACAACCUUUGGGUUGUGAUGCCAUACAUGGCUGGGGGGUCCUGUCUUCAUAUAAUGAAAUCUUCUUAUCCUGAAGGUUUUGAAGAGCCUGUCAUUGCUACCUUUUUGCGUGAAGUUCUUAAAGCUCUUGUUUAUCUUCAUGCUCACGGGCACAUUCACAGAGAUGUGAAGGCUGGGAAUAUUCUAAUUGAUUCUAAUGGGGCUGUCAAGUUGGCAGACUUUGGAGUAUCAGCAUGCAUGUAUGAUACCGGAGACAGACAGCAGUCCAGAAAUACUUUUGUUGGAACUCCUUGCUGGAUGGCUCCAGAAGUUAUGCAGCAAUUACAUGGUUAUGAUUUUAAAGCAGACAUCUGGUCUUUUGGAAUAACAGCUCUCGAAUUGUCUCAUGGCCAUGCCCCAUUUUCCAAGUAUCCACCGAUGAAAGUUUUGUUGAUGACCUUGCAAAAUGCUCCUCCUGGUCUAGACUAUCAAAGGGACAAGAGGUUCUCAAAGUCUUUCAAGGAUCUCGUAGCUGCUUGCUUGGUGAAGGACCCAAAGAAACGUCCAACUUCAGAGAAGCUUUUGAAGCACCAUUUCUUUAAACAUGCACGCUCAUAUGAUUAUCUAGAUUGUACCAUUCUUGAUGGCCUUGCUCCAUUAGGUGAACGUUUUAGGAUGCUAAAGACAAAAGAAGCUGAUCUUCUUGUACAGAAUAAAGCUCUCUAUGAGGACAAGGACCAAUUAUCACAGCAAGAGUAUAUAAAAGGGAUCAGUGCUUGGAAUUUCAACCUAGAGGACUUCAAAUGUCAGGCUGCACUUAUUCAAGAUUAUGAUGAUGCGCCAGAUUCGGAAGAUCAAGAUGGGAGCAGAAAACAAAGGGACCAGCAUGAUGUAGUUGGAUUAUCAACUGAGAAGAUGUCUUGUGAAAUGGCUAGUAAUUCCAUUGCUGCAAGCAGCCAGGAGGAUGGGCUUAAUGAUCUUCAUGAUUUGGAGAGUUCACUUGCUUCAUUUCCUAAUAAGCCACUUCAAGCACUCAAAGGCUUUUUUGACAUUGGUAAAAGUGAGGGUGUGAAUGGUCCAAAUUGGGAAGGUGUGCCAUUGGAAAGUGAUACAAUGUCAUCAGGACCCACGGAUCAAUAUGCUGGAAAACACGAGGUUACUGGAGAUGAGGACAGGGACUUCCCACAGCCUAUUUUUCCAUCUGAACGCAACUACAGUGGUCCAUUGUACCGCCAGAGGAGAGAAACAAAUAACACUUCAUCUGAGGAUGCUUCAGAAGGAGCAGUUGUUCAUUGGGGACGAUUUAAGAUGACUUCAGCAGAUCUCAGUCCCAAGGGACCUACUAACUACAUGUUUAACCCGGCCACUGGAGGUUCAACCAACCCAACAUCUCUACAAAGCAUCUUGCAACAGAACACCAUGCAAAGGGAAGAAAUAAUUAGACUGAUAAAGUAUUUGGAGCAAAAUUCUGGUAAGCUCGGGGAUUUGACAGAGGUAGGCAUCAAUGACCUUUUGCAGAUACCGUCUUCUUCUGCAAGGGAAAGAGAGCUGCAAUCUCAGGUGCUUCAGCUACACCAGAGUAUCGGGAAUCUGGUUGAGGAAUUGCAGAGACAGAAAAUGAAGAACAUGCAGUUAGAGAAACAAUUAAAUAAAGCAUUGGCCAACAACAUAAAGUGAAGGGUUUGAAA